UUGAUGUAAAUCGUAUGUGUUCUAACUUCGACGGUUCAUUAAAAUGGCGGAACGCCACUAAAUGAUCGUGUUUAUCGCCUGUUGAUGAUCUACCUUGUGGCAUUAGCUUUCGAUUCUGCAUUUUCUAGCGUGUAUAUUGAUUCCCAAUGAAGAACAAAACCGAAUCUGCUUCUACUUCAUCUCUUGCUUGGCGUUGGACAAUCGAAGCCCUUGCAAGUUUCGAGGAAGUGAAACCAUCUCUAUUACAUGAUGUAAUUGAUAACGUUUCAGAAUUACUUGACGGUACUAGAAAGAAUGCCGGGGAGAUGGUUGCAUUGAAAUGCUUGGAGGGUUUGUUUGGUUCUUUAAAUUAUAUUGGAGAAAAUGUUCUUCCUGUUCAAGAAUCAAAAGUUAUGUUUGAUUCAUCUGAGAGUUGUGAAGAUGUUUUUAAACGCAUUUAUAAGGAGACUCCAAAAUCUUCCUUAAGAGUGGCUGGACCAGAUUUGUUAAAAUGGGAUGUUAGAUCCUUUACUGACCAAAAAAGAGCAUCCAUGCGUUGCACAUUACAUAAGCUGAAAGAUGCAAUUCUCGAUGGUACACAUCCUUAUGCUGAUUUCUUAAUGCAAAAGAGUGGGUUAACACCCAUAAAUAAGAGGGAUAACAUUUGUCUGAAUAAUGAGGAUUGUAUCGAGCUCAGCGGGAGACUUGAUAUUAGCUCCUCUGGUCCUCGAGGCCAAAAUGAGAAGGGUAAAGGAAGCCCUUUACUUGAGGAUGAUAGAAGAAUAUCAGUGGUGAACCCACCUAGCUCUAGUUUGUUACCUUCUAAAAGGAGUGGUGUUGACUUUACGUCUGAAGACGAGGCUAGACAGUUACCUGGUUGGGAUGAUGGUUACAUUAAUGUCAAGAAGCUUAAGCAGCAUUCUGCGCAUACUUCGUUUUCAGGACAGGAAGUGGCUUCUUCACAUGAAACAGAGGUGUUAGAAGAUUCACCUGAAAGAAGAGUGCCGCAAAAUGAGAGAGAUGAUACUGAUCGCUUGGAUGAACAUCAGAUAACUUCGGUGGACGACGAACUUGUAGAGGAUGUGCAUUUUGGGUCAAAGAAAUCACAUCAGGAUCAAUCAGGGAUUCCUUGUUAUACUAUGCCGGCUAGUACACGAGAUGAUGAGAUGCUGGAAGUUGUUUGUGUCGAGAAAGUGAAAGAUGGAAGUGAACUGCCUUUUGAACCAAAAACAUCUAAUCCUUCUCCUGCUGAAGGAAACCUUCAUAACACCAGCCCUGACAAUUCCAAGUGUGACUCUGGGCAUGAUUAUCGUGUAAAUGAAACAAAUACUAUGUCUCCUAGUGGAUUUAUGUCAAAGACUGUUGCUACAAAUAUGGAGGUUGGUGUGUAUCCGGAUGUGAAAGAGAAAGAUCUGUUAAGUGAUAGUGAUGGAUAUCAUGAAACAAUAGAUAUUGCCACGAGAAAAAAAGAAUUUCUUAGUUCGCAAUGUAUGGUCGAUCACGAUUCUUUUCCAUUAGCUGACAGUAGAGUUCUUGCAGUUUGUGUGAAAUGUAAUGAGGGUGGUCAGUUGUUGUGUUGUAACAUUAGUGAUUGUCCUUUGGUGGUUCAUGCCAAGUGCUUGAGUUCCUCGGCUAGUAUGACCGAUGAAGGUGACUUUUGUUGUCCUUUCUGCUUGUAUUCACUUGCUAUAUCAGAAUACCUCGAAGCUAAGAAGCACGUUGCAUCGGUAAAAAAAAAUGUUGCUUCUUUUUUUCGUACUGCUUUGGGACAUCAAUCAGCAGUUCUUCAAGAGGUAUUGCAACAAAAGGAUGUUGACGCUUCACAAAGAGCUGUAGUUGAGGAUGUUGCUAAAAUUUGUGAAGAUGUGGACUUGGAAAGUAAAGACAAUCAAGUAAGUCUAGAUGGAGAACGUGUAAACGAAGUUGUUGACUAUCAAUCGACAACAGAUACAGAUACCGAGCAAAUGACAGAGCUAUCAAAACCAUUGCAUAUUGCCAAUUCCAAUCAUAGACAAAACAAGGCAAGUCCUUCGAGAGUAGCAUCUGAUGCUUUAUUAGGCCAGGAAAAUGGCUACGAAUUGGUGGACCAAGAGUGUCAAGGCAAUACAGUUGCAGGUGUGGUGGACCAAAAGUGUCGAGGAAAUGUUGCAGAACAGGAAGAUGGUCAAAAAGACACCGAGCAGCAUGACAUUUACGAAAUUCUCCAUGAAGGUCGUGGGCCAGUUGAACCAGCGGCUACGCAAAAUGGUUUACAGUACCAAACUGAUGACAGCGAAGGCAAAGCUGCUCGUGCAAUUAUCACUGAAGGAGAAAAAUCUUCUGAUGAUGGCAAUGACGAGUCUAUCAUUUCUAGAUACUCCAUAAGAUUUCGACAGAAAUGUCAUCAUACAAGUCCAGAAACUCAUCCAUUAAGACGGAAGAAGCUAGCCUGGACAGCUGAGGAGGAGGAGACUAUUGCUUUGGUAUGGGGAUUGAUUCCGUUGCAGCAGUUGAUCUUGUUGGCUUGAUUGGUUGCUCGUGGGGCUUGCUUCGCUUCUUCAAUUUGUAUACCUUCUAGUAAGCUAUUCAAGACAUGGUAGCUGUUCUUGGCUAUUGGCAUGAUAUAAUCACCUAGCCUACAUAUCAGCUACGCUCGAUAUGUGGGAUUUCUGUUGGAUAUGAUCUUUCGCGAAGUGCAAAGCAACGAGACCAAGAGGAGCACAUCUUGGGGCACUGGCUUCGCUCGAAGCACGCAAAGGAACGAGCCUUCUCAAUAUAAGCUCCUCCAAGGCCUAAGGGUGGAUUGAAUCCAAUCCCAUCCAACAUAGCACGAAAUUUGUGAUUUUUCACAUCUUCCAUGACCACACGGUUCCACUGUAGCCGACACCCUUUAUCCAAAAUCACUCCCCAAGAGAGAGAGGGGAGAGAAGGAAGCAUGAACAUGAGCAUGGGAUAAAGAUGAACAGGGGAGUCUCAAGAAUCAUGGCUUAAAGACAUGUGAAAAAGAAGAGCCCGUGAACUUCAACAAUGAAUCGAGAAACUUAAAGACGAGAGUAAGAACGAGAAAGAAGACGAAGCUUCACUAGGAGAGGAGACAACGACGG